UCAAGCGUGUGAUUUUCAACCAUAUACUGUAAAAAACACGGACCGUACACGGAAGGGUUUUCCCCCCUGAACCGGAGCGGGAGAAACACUUUGCUUCCUGAACGCGUGGGUCUAACCUUUGAUUUCAUAUGCUGGCAGUAGCACGCGGAACGCCACUGUCAUUUAGGAUCCUAGGAAAGGACACACGACAACUGUAUUCAAUAUAUUUAUGCAAUGUAUGAAGUCUUUGGGUAAAGAACUCAUUCAUCCAGAACCGGUGAGCUUUCAUAAAGCGUCGCGUUGAGGUACGGCAGGUACUGACAAGUUUGAUUCGGACGUUUGAAGUCCGCAAUCUGAUGUUUACCGGGACCUUCAUUACACUGAACUGCCGCAAUGUCGACCGGAGCAGGAACGAGACUAGAAACUCGGGUGAGAAAACUGGAGUCAAUCAUCAAGGACCAACGAUCAGCGUUGAAUUUGGAGAGUUUGCUGGAUUCAGUAACUGCCCUGGCCCUUGAUCUUAACCAUCCCGCACUGAGAAAGAACAAAAACAUAGAUGCCUUCUUAAACAGAUAUGAAAAGGCUGUGUGCUGCCUUAGGGAACUACAGGUGAAGCUGGAUGAUUUCGAAAGAGUCAAACUGAUUGGCCGUGGAGCUUUUGGCGCAGUGCAGCUGGUACGACACAAGGCUUCUCAACAAGUGUAUGCCAUGAAGCAGCUCAGCAAGUUUGAGAUGGUCAAGCGCUCUGACUCUGCCUUCUUCUGGGAGGAGCGUGACAUCAUGGCAUUCUCCAAGAGUCCUUGGAUAGUUCAGCUGUGCUGUGCUUUCCAAGAUGAGAAGUACCUCUAUUUGGUGAUGGAGUUCAUGCCCGGUGGAGACCUGGUGACUCUGACCAGUAACUAUGACAUCCCAGAGGAGUGGGCUCGGUUCUACACAGCAGAAGUGGUGCUGGCACUAGACGCUAUUCAUUCUCUGGGCUUUAUCCACAGAGACAUUAAACCAGACAACAUGCUGCUGGACCGUAACGGACACCUUAAACUCGCUGACUUUGGAACAUGCAUGAAGAUGGACUCGACUGGUAUGGUCCGCUGUGACACUGCUGUCGGGACUCCUGAUUACAUUUCACCAGAGGUUUUGAUGUCACAAGGAGGGACGGGUUACUAUGGCCGCGAGUGUGACUGGUGGUCUGUUGGCGUUUUCAUUUAUGAGCUGCUAGUGGGUGACACACCAUUUUAUGCUGAGUCCCUAGUGGGAACCUAUGGAAAGAUCAUGGAUCAUAAAAACCGCUUAACUUUCCCAGAUGAUAUGGAAUUGUCAAAGGAAGCCAAGGACCUCAUCUGUGCCUUUCUGACUGACAGGGAGGUGAGGCUUGGCCGGACUGGAGUGGAUGAAAUAAAAUGUCACCCCUUCUUCAAGAACGAUCAGUGGACCUUCGACACCAUACGAGACACCAUGGCUCCAGUGGUGCCGGAGCUGAGGAGCGAUAUUGACACCAGUAACUUUGAUGAUGAUAUAAAGGAUGAUCCUGGAGGAACCGAGACCUUCCCCCCUCCCCGUGCCUUUGCAGGAAAUCAGCUACCGUUUGUGGGCUUUACCUAUUUCAGGGAGGACCAGUUGCUAACCCCAAAAAAUAAGUGUUCAGAUGAGGACUCAAGUGCUAAUAAUCUCAUUGAGGAUCAUGGUUUAAACCAUGCAGAGUCCAGUGACCUGCAGAAGAAGCUGAAAAAGUUGGAUGAAAAAGUCAAACAUGAGAUGCAAGCAAAGGAGGAACUGGAAAAUAAAUGCCGGACGGCAAAUCAACGACUGGAGAAGUUGUCCAAAGAGCUCGAAGAAGAAGUGAAUGCGAGACAAAUGGUAGAAGACUCUCUGAGGGCACUGGAGAGAGAGAAAGCUUUACUAAAGCACCAGCGUUCUGAAAGUAUAAGAAAGGCCGGCCAAGAAACAGACAGAAAGCGUCUUCUUGAGAAUGAGGUGGGCAGCCUGAGAGAUCAGCUAGCCGAACUGAAGAAGAAGAACCAGAACUCUCAUCUCUCCGCUGAGAAGAAUAUUCACCUGGAGAGACAGUUGGAGGAGGUGAAUGCUAAGCUUCAGGCUGAGGUGGAGGAGUCUGAGAGGCUGAAGAAGGCCCAGGGCGAGGUGUUGAGACAGUCCCAGCAGCUGGAGGUCUCUCUCAGGGAGCUCCAGGAGCGUCUGGCCCAGCUGGAGAGCGGCAGGCUGGGUCUGGAACAGGAGAAACUGAGUCUGCAAACCUCACUGCAGGAGGAGAAGCGAGAGAGAAGCCUUGGCUCAGAGACCAUCAAUGAACUACAGGGUCAUGUCUCCGGACUGGAGGACGAGUUAAAACACAUAAAGAGUUCUCUAUCAAAGGCUGAAGUAGAGAAAAGACAGUUACAGGAGGAUCUUACUGGCCUGGAAAAGGAGAAGAACAAGCAAGAGAUCGAUCACUCCUUUAAACUCAAAGCAGUUCAACAGAGUCUGGAGCAGGAGGAGGCGGAGCAUAAAGCCACUAAAGCCAGAUUGGCUGACAACAACAAAGUCAACCAAUCUAUCGAGGAGGCCAAGUCUGAGAGCCUGAAAGUUAUGGAACAUAAGCUGCUGGAAGAACGAUCUGCAAAGCAACAGUUGGAAAACAGACUGAUGCAGCUGGAGAAGGAAAACUCAGGAUUAGACUGUGAUUACAAACAAGCCAAACACGAGCUUCAGGAGCUCCGCUCACUCAAAGAAAAACUCACUGAGGAGGUGGAGGUGCUAAGUGUGCGUGUGCAUCAGGAGACCCAGAGGAAGACUCUGUGUCAGAAUGAUCUCAAAGUGCAGAGGGAGGAGAUCAGCACCCUACGCUCCUCGGAGAAACAGCUCAAACAGGAACUCAAUCAUCUGCUGGAGCUCAAACUCAGCCUGGAAAAACUAAAUCAGGAACUGCGCAGGGAGAGAGAAGAAGCUGACAUACAGUUGAAAGAGCUGAAGGACCAGUUGGAGGCAGAGCAGUACUUCACAAAACUGUAUAAAACUCAGAUUCGAGAGCUGAAAGAGGAGAAUGAUGAAAAGGCUAAACUCUACAAAGAUGCUCAGCAGAGACUAGAGGAUCUGCUGGAAGAGAGGGACUCGUUAGCAACGCAGCUAGAGGCGAGCCUUACGAAGGCAGAUUCUGAACAGUUGGCGCGCUCCAUCGCUGAGGAGCAGUACUCAGACCUGGAGAAAGAAAAGAUCAUGAAGGAGCUGGAGAUCAAAGAUAUGAUUGCCAGACAUCGGCAGGAACUCUGCGAAAAGGACAAUACCAUCAGCUCGCUGGAGGAAUCAAACCGCACACUCACUGCGGAUGUGGCCAACCUGGCUAGUGAGAAAGAGGAGCUCAACAAUAAGCUCAAACACCUACAGCAAAAGCUGGAGAUUGUCAAAGAAGAAGAGAAACAGAUGAAAUCUUUGACACUGUCCCUAGAGAAGCAAAUACAGUCUGAGAAAACCCUCAAGAUUCAGGCUAUAAACAAGCUGGCAGAGGUUAUGAAGAAAACUGAUGUCAGGCCACAGCAAGGUAACAACAGUGACAUCCGCAGGAAGGAGAAGGAGAACAGACAGCUCCAGCUGCAGCUCCGCACAGAGAAAGAAAAACUCAACACCACCAUCUUCAAAUACCAGAAAGAAAUGAAUGAAAUGCAGGCUACGAUAGCAGAGGAGUCUCAGGUCCGACUGGAGAUGCAGAUGGCCCUGGACAGUAAAGACAGUGAUAUUGAGCGUCUGCGCUGUCAGAUCACUUCUCUGAGCAUCCAUUCUUUGGACACCACCAGCAUCAGUAGCACGGGAAACGACCUGGAGGGUGAAGAUGCUUAUCCAGUGCGCAUUACACACUCACAGACCUCGGAGUCUAUGUCCUUUAUGUACCAACGGAGCUCCAAGUCAGUGUGUAUUGAUACCCGGCCAUGCCGGAUCGCUUCUUGCUUCCCCUCCGACUCAGAGGAAGAGGAGGAUGAGGAAGACGAGUGGAGGCAAAGGCCUGCCCUGACAUAUGAGAAGCCUAUUGAGCAAGAGACUGCAGAUUCUAGUCUUGAGGGAUGGCUCUCAAUGCCUACCAAAAACACCAAACGGUUUGGAUGGGAAAAGAAGUAUGUGGUGGUCAGCAGCAAGAAGAUCCUGUUUUAUGACUCUGAGCAAGAGAGAGAGCAGGCCAGCCCCUUCAUGAUUCUGGACAUAGACAAACUCUUCCAUGUGAGACCUGUCACUCAGACAGACGUGUACCGUGCAGAUCCCAGAGAAAUCACACGCAUCUUCCAGAUAUUAUAUGCUAAUGAGGGGGAGAGCAAGAAAGAGGAGCUUGCUGUGGAACCCUUAUUAGCAGCUGAAAGGUCGUCCUAUAUCCCACACAAAGGUCACGAGUUCGUGCUCACGCUUUACCACUUCCCCUCUAGCUGUGAAGCAUGUCCAAGGCCUCUGUGGCACGUCUUCAAACCCCCACCAGCCCUGGAGUGCAGGCGCUGCCGAGUUAAAUGCCAUAAAGACCACAUAGAUCGCAAGGAAGAGGUCCUUGCUCCUUGCAGAGUGAACUAUGAUAUGUCCACUGCGAAAGAGCUGCUGCUGCUGGCCAACUCCACAGAAGAGCAGCAGAAAUGGGUCAACCGAUUACUCAAGCGGGUCCCGCGUAAACCUAUAGCCCACUCCUCAAGCAUAGCUAUAGCCUCCCCCACCUCUGAGGCGUCACCAACUGGCCUGUCCCCUGUGCCCUCUCCUCAUCUGUCCUCCCAUUCAUCUCCCAGGCUUUCACACAGAGGAGCCGUCAAAGUGCAUUCCACCAGACAGCAGCCCUCAACCAAGACCAGAUUGCUUGAGUUGGGCCUGAAGGACUGGGGUUGGUCUUUUGAUGUUGAAAUGGAUGAUGACGAUGUAUUAGACUUCUGAGGACUAACAUUGGUGAAGGCUGGAUAGAUGAUGAUCAUUCUGGGAACUUUGAAAGCAGAGAAUAUCAUUGUGUUUUUUUUUUGCAAAUCGCAGGACUUCCAAGUGCCAAACUCCACAAGUAUAAAUGACUGGGUAGGUCUAAUAUUAAUACAGCUCAAACUAUAAAUUCUCUAAAGGGUUUAGUUAAUUUUAAGUCAAUUUAAGAGUGUUUCAUGUCUUUGUAGAUUAUACAAUUCUUUAAAAAAAAGUAAAAAGUUUUUAAAGUAAAAGCAUUUUAAAUUUCAGAAGUUAUUUUUAUCUCCUUCCUUACAAGGUUGUCAGUAAGAGUGUCUGUUUGCCUGUGUGUGUGUGUGUGUUUGAAACAGAAUAUGUACUUAAGUUCUGCAUUUAUAUGAUCAUCUGAAUUUAUAUACUCAAGUAUUAUAUCUAUUUUUUUGUUAGGAAAAAUACAUUUAGUGGAACAGAUUAUAUUUUUUAUCAGGCAUUAUAUCAAAGGACACUGCUUUUCAAGGUGCAUUACUUAUUGUCAAACCUAUCUGCUCAAAAUAUAUGCAUUAUUGAAGACAUGAUGCAAAUAUUCUUUUUGGAGCACAUUUUAUUAAAAGCUGUAACAAAAAUUACACACAACUGUAUGCAUAGUGGAACAUGAUGACCUCCGGUCCAAACAUUUUCUGUAUUUUUUGUCAUGUUGCCACUGACAAACUGUUGAGAAAUUGUUAAUAAAAAAGCUUUUAUGAUGGAAAACCUCU